GAGCGGCUCUACGGGCGGAUGAGCAAUCACAGGAGGCACCGUCAGUGGGGACCGUCUGGGACGGGGAUUGCUGGCCGCCGCGGAGUCUUUGCCAUGCCUCGGUACUGUGCAGCCACUUGUUGCAGGAACCGAGCGGGACAGAGCGCCCGAGACCAGAGAAAGCUCAGCUUUUACCCAUUUCCUCUCCAUGAUAAAGAAAGAUUAGAGAAAUGGUUACGGAAUAUGAAACGCGACACUUGGACUCCUAGUAAGCAUCAGGUCCUUUGCAGUGACCAUUUUACACCAGAUUCUCUCGAUGUGCGAUGGGGUAUUCGAUAUUUGAAGACAACUGCAGUGCCAACUAUUUUUUCAUCCUCUGAAAACCAGGAAAAAGGAAAAUCCCAGAAGAAAAUGCAAGAGGAAAGAAUAGACGGUAUCAGAGAAAUGAGCACAUACAUCACGACAUCAUCUCUUAAACCUUGUUCACCAAAGGGAACUAGCUUAUCCGAAGGAGGCCUAUAUCGAAAAACUCCUGGAACAAAUUCAGACAGCUCAGCAAGAACAGAGGGACUAUCACAGAAUAUUGUGAAAGAUGGCACUGCAUAUUCAGGUAACUGUGUUAAACAGAAUAAGCAGCAAGCAAACCAAACAAUAGCAACAUCUGAUAUGGAAAACUCAGGAGCCACCAGUUCCAAUUUUCCAGGAAAUAAUAGGGCCAUCAAAAACAUUUUUAGUGCUGCUGCUGCUACAGAUUUGCAAGUUUCAGUUCAUGACCUCCGGUCAUGUUUUGAGCAUGGCUCAGGUUCUAAAGCCACAGUUUUGCCAGACACACAUCUGGAACAUGGAGAUUCAUAUCUGGAAUUCAGUAAGGUCCCCGUACCCGUGAACGAACUUACAUCUGAUCAAUUUGAUCCCCGCAUUGCAAAUUGUUCGGUGGAAGUACGAACGGAUGAAAGUUCUGUGUUGCUCCAGUCUGUGUCACAAGCUUUGGAACAGCUCAGUGGAAAUAAGGAGUCUGUCAUCACCAUUAUCGUUCCUUCAGAGGACUCAAGAAUCCCCUUGCUUUUAGAGGGCUCCUUUAUAUCAGCAGAAGAGGUACUAACCCACCUGGAAGCAGAAAACUCUGUUGUACUUGACAGCUGCAGCAGCCUUGAAGUGCUACAAACUGAGCAUUCAUACUGUAGGCAAGACACAGACAGGGAACAACUCUGGCAAAAAAUUACGAAGCUGCACUCAAAAAUAGCCCUUUUAGAAGUCCAGGAGAGAAAAACCCUAACCAAGCUUAAAGCUCUAGAAACACUUAUUACAAAACUGAAGGAAGAAAAUCUCCUUUCAGAGGAGAAACUUAAGAUGGUAGAAAACUGUUUUACAACAUUUGAAGUUACAAUGAUACAAUAAAAGCUU